UUGGCAAGGUCAACAUUUCCCACUACGAUUGGUAAUGCUGUUUAUCUUCAACUCCAAAUUAAUCAUGGCAAGGUUCAAAAAUCUCUUGAUUAAGAGCAUCUCACUAUAUCUUCACAAAACAUAUCCCCUCCCAUUUCUCUGCAAUCCAAAAUUUCAAAUUUAAUAAGUGGUGGGGGCUGCCCACUACCGACAGAAACUCGUGGAUAAACCUGUUGCACAUGAAAAUAGAUAAGGAAAAGUCAAUAAAUAAGCAUUAGUUGUUGGUAGCAAGCUUUUAUUGCUGCAGGGGCAAUUCAAACACAGCUGAUCAGCUAUGGCUGCAGUUUUGAUUGUUGCAGCUGUUUUGAUAAUCUUGGUCAUAAUUUUCGAGCUCUUCACGAGGAGUUCAAGAAACGGGGCCUUGAAUUUGCCUCCAGGCAGCUAUGGCUGGCCGGUUCUUGGGGAAACGGCGGAGUUCCUCCGUGCUGGACUGGAUGGAAAGCCGGAGAAAUUUGUUAGAGAGAGAAUGGAGAAAUACAAUUCUCAAGUUUUCAAGACUUGGAUCAUGGGGGAGCCCAUGGCCGUUUUGUGUGGAGCUGCAGGUAACAAAUUCUUGUUCAGCAACGAAAACAAGCUGGUGACAGUGUGGUGGCCGAGCUCCGUGAGGAAGCUGCUGGGGCCGUGCCUGGCCACGAGCGGGGGAGAGGAGGGGCGACAGAUGAGGAUGAUGGUGUCGUAUUUCGUGAGCCCCGAUGCUUUCACAAGGCUAUAUAUCAAGACAAUGGAUAUGGUCUCACAGCAGCAUAUCAAGACUCACUGGCAAGGUAAAGAAGAGGUCAAAGUGUUCCCGACGAUCAAGCAGUACACGUUUGAGCUUGCAUGUAGGCUGUUUAUGAGCCUUGAAGAUGGGGAGCAGAUUGGGAAGCUUGCUAUCUUGUUUAAUAUAUUCUUGAAAGGGAUAAUCUCAAUCCCUAUCAAUUUGCCUGGUGCAAGAUUCUACAGAGCAAAGAAAGCUACAUAUGCUAUAAAGAAUGAACUGCACAAGCUGGUGAGAGAGAGAAGAGGUGCUUUGGAGCAGAAAACAGCUCUGCCCUGCCAAGAUCUUCUCUCCCAUCUGCUAGUAACCCCUGAUGAGAAUGCCAGGUUCAUGGCCGAACCAGUGAUCGUGAACAACAUACUGAUGCUGCUCUUCGCUGGCCACGACACGUCCAGCGUGGCAAUCACGAUGCUGCUCAAGAGCCUCGCAGAACGCCCCGAUGUUUACGAGAAGGUGUUGAGAGAGCAGAGGGAGAUAGCAACGGAAGGUGCAGGGGAGUUUCUGCAGUGGGAGGAUAUACAGAAGAUGAAGUACUCGUGGAGCGUCGUGUGCGAGGCCAUGAGGCUGUCACCGCCAGUCAUUGGUGCUUUCAGGGAGGCGUUAACGGACAUAAGCUACGCCGGCUACCACAUCCCCAAGGGCUGGAAGUUGUACUGGAGCUCGUCCAACACACACAGGGACCCGAGCUUGUUCACGAGCUACACCGAGUUUGAUCCAUCGAGAUUUGAAGAGUCGUCGUCGGGGCCGGCCCCGUAUUCGUAUGUGCCGUUUGGAGGGGGGCCGAGGAUGUGCCUGGGAAAGGAGUUUGCAAGGCUGGAGAUACUCAUAUUUUUACACAAUUUGAUAAAAAGAUAUAGGUGGAAGUUGGUGAAUCCUCAAGAGAAAAUUGCAUAUGAUCCAAUGCCCACACCUGUGGAAGGACUUCCCAUUCUUCUCCAACCACAUAUCUAGUUUCGUUAACCAUAUUAUAAUAUUUUAUUUCAUAAUGUAGUAGAUGAUGAUAUCUUAUAUUAGAGUAAGCUAUUAUUAUUAUUAUUAUUAUUAUUAUU